GCGGGCGGCCCCGUACGGCCCCUCAGAGCCGGGGCGGCGGCGGCGGUGGCGAAGAUGGCGGCGGCGGACGGCGACGAUUCGCUUUACCCCAUCGCAGUGCUCAUCGACGAGCUCCGCAACGAGGACGUGCAGUUGCGGCUCAACAGCAUCAAGAAGCUGUCGACCAUCGCGCUGGCGCUGGGCGUGGAGCGAACCCGCAGCGAGCUCCUCCCUUUCCUCACCGGUACCUGGAGGGCUCCCAAAAUUCGGGGAAAGGUCCCCAAAAUUCGGGGAAAAGUCCCCAAAAUUCGGGAAAUU